AGUGAAGGUUGUACGAAGGAAUCUGUAAAGGAGAAGUUUUUAGUGGAAUGGGAUAUUGGUGCCUAUCUAGUUAGAAUAGAAGAUUGUGAGAUUGAAUUAGUCUUGUUUGUGCCGAUUAAAAUGGAGGAAAGAGAUUUAGUAACUCAAGCAAUUUUUGAAAGAGAUGAGUAUUUUUCUGUCGGAGGCAAAAUUGUACCUGAGUGUUAUAAUAUUAAUAUCAGACCAAGGAUGACAGUUUCAACGUUGACUCAUCUUAAGAUUCUUAGCAAUGUUCUGGUGUCGAAUAAAUGUCCUUUAAAAGUUUCUUUGGUUGGGAUUGUUCCUCAAUUUAAAGAUGGGGAAGAUGCUGUUAUUAAAGUUUUG